AUCCACAUAUUCCAACAAAUAUUAUUAAUUACCAUUAUUCACAGUAAUUAGUAAGUGUAAGUUGGGUGUAGAACAGUUCAGUAGUGGGUAAUUGUAUAGUUAAGAUUAUAGUGGAAUUAUUGUGUGUGAGAGUUUGUGUACAUAGUUAAAAAAUGAUAUCGAAGUCUAUACUGCACCCUGUUAUCAGAAAUGUUAGUAAAGUAACCUGGAGAGCAUUAGCUACGGCUUCAUCAGAAAGUACUGGUACUGGUAUUAGUACUAAUACUAAUGAAGAUAAACCAAGAAGAAGAAGAGCUUCAACCAAAUUCACUGAUGCCUUAAAUAAAGGUCCAUCAUUUGAUGAUUUUGUUAGUGGUACAGCAGCUGAAAAGCUUAAAUUAAUAGAUCCAUUAGAAUUAGCUAGAAAGGAUCCAGAUCAAAGAUUACCUACUUGGUUAAAAGUUCCAAUUCCUAAGGGGAAAAGUUAUCAUAAUGUUAAAAAGGAUGUACGUGAAUUAAAAUUAGCAACUGUUUGUGAAGAAGCUAAAUGUCCAAAUAUUGGUGAAUGUUGGGGUGGUAAAAAAUCAGAAGCAACAGCAACUAUUAUGUUAUUAGGUGAUACAUGUACUAGAGGUUGUAGAUUUUGUUCUGUUAAAACUAAUAGAAAUCCUGCUGCUCCUGAUCCAAUGGAACCAGAAAAUACUGCUGAAGCAAUAAGUAGAUGGGGAUUAGGUUAUGUUGUAUUAACUACGGUUGAUAGAGAUGAUUUAAUUGAUGGAGGUGCGAAACAUUUAGCAGAAACUGUAGUUAAAAUUAAACAAAAGGCUCCUCAAAUUUUAGUUGAAGUUUUAAGUGGAGAUUUUAGAGGUGAUUUAGAUAUGGCAUCUAUUUUAGCUAAAUCUGGACUUGAUGUAUAUGCUCAUAAUUUAGAAACUGUUGAAGAUUUAACUCCAUAUGUUAGAGAUAGAAGAGCUACUUAUAGGCAAUCAUUACUGAUUUUAGAACGAGCCAAACAAACCAAACCAAGUUUAAUUACUAAAACUUCAUUAAUGUUAGGAUUUGGAGAAACUGAUGAACAAAUAUUAAAGACUUUACAAGAUUUAAGAGAUAUUAAAUGUGAUGUUGUUACAUUUGGUCAAUAUAUGAGACCUACUAAAAGACAUAUGAAGGUAGUAGAAUAUGUUACUCCAGCAAAAUUCGAUUAUUGGAGAGAUAAAGCUUUAGAGAUGGGAUUUCUUUAUGUAGCUAGUGGACCAUUAGUUAGAUCAAGUUAUAAAGCGGGAGAAGCAUUUAUUGAGAAUGUUAUUAGAAAGAGAAAGCAUAAUGUGGGAGAGGCACCAAGGUUGGCACAGGCCAUUAAUCCAAAGCUUUAUGAUAAUUAGAGGAAUAAACGGCAUAUGAUAAUGUGAUUUUAGUGGUGUAGCUAAUAUAAGUGUAGUUACUAAGCGUACUUUAGUCUACUCUAUUAUAAUAACUGUACUGUACUAUAGUGUAGUAUACUCUAUACUAUACUAUACCACCC